AUGACGUCCCCUCCUGCUUCUUUAGCAGCUGUUGUUGAGCUGUGCGAGCGUCUUCAGGGCCCUCAUGCUCCGCGCGCAGUGGCAGUGCUGAAGCUACUUAAUCAGGUCAUCAUCUACAACAUAUGGCGGGAACGCAAUGCACGAAUCUUCACGGGUGUUACUUCAACUCCAGGGGCCUUCUUCCGUGUGGUGGAUCGAACUAUGCGAGAUAGGCUUUUGUCUCUAUCUCGGCCAAAUGUGACUGCUCCCUCGCCUUCUUUGCUUGAGUUGUAUUUCUGGUUUAUUUCCCCUUAUAGUUAA